UCGGGCCGGGGGUAGGAAGGAAGGGCUGCUCCUCUCCCCGCGCUGCCAUGCUGGACUUUGCUAUCUUCGCCGUCACUUUCCUGCUGGUCCUGGUGGGGGCCGUGCUUUACCUCUACCCGUCUUCCAGACAGGCUUCAGGUAUCCCAGGGAUGACUCCGACGGAUGAAAAAGAUGGAAACCUCCCAGAUAUCAUCACUAGCGGUAGCCUGCAUGAGUUCCAGGUGAACCUCCACGAGAAAUACGGCCCCGUAGUCUCUUUCUGGUUUGGACGGCGUCUUGUGAUUAGUCUCGGGUCUGUGGAUCUCUUGAAGCAGCACAUCAACCCCAACAAGACGUCGGAUCCCUUUGAAACGAUGCUGAAGUCCUUGUUGCGGUACCAGUCCGGCCUGGGCGGAGAUGCCGGCGAGAGCUGCUUGAGGAAGAAACUGUAUGAAAACGGGGUGACCAAGUCUCUGCAGAGCAACUUCCCAGCCAUUCAGAAGCUGUCAGAAGAGCUUCUUGCAAAAUGGCUGUCCUUCCCCGAAUCUCAACAUGUGCCACUCAGUCAGCACAUGCUUGGCUUUUCGAUGAAGGCCGUCACACAAGCCGCAAUGGGCGGCAGGUUCGAGGAUGACCAGGAAGUGAUCCGGUUCCGUAAGAACCACGAUGCGAUCUGGUCAGAAAUUGGAAAGGGCUUCUUGGAUGGGUCACUUGACAAAAGCAUGACUAGAAAAAAGCUGUAUGAAGACGCUCUGGUGGAGAUGGAGUUGGUCUUGAAGAAAGUCAUAAAAGAGCGACAGGGGAAGAACCUCAGCCGAGACAUCUUCAUAGACUCUUUACUGCAGGCGAACCUGAGCGACAAGCAGAUUUUGGAAGACACAAUGAUAUUCUCGCUGGCGGGGUCCAUAAUCACAGCUAAGUUAUGCACCUGGGCGGUUUAUUUCUUGACUACCUCAAAAGAAAUUCAGGAGAAGCUUUACAAGGAGAUGGACCAAGUUCUUGGAAAAGGUCCAGUUACACCUGUGAAAAUUGAGCAGCUCAGAUAUUGCCGGCAGGUUCUGUGUGAGACUGUGAGGACAUCAAAACUGACACCAAUUGCGGCUCGGCUGCAAGAGCUGGAGGGCAGUGUGGACCAGCAUAUUAUUCCCAAAGAGACUCUCGUGCUGUACGCGCUCGGUGUGGUGUUACAUGACAGCUCGGCCUGGCCGUUGCCCUAUAAAUUUGAUCCAGAUAGAUUCAGUGACGACUCUGCCAUGAAAAACUUCUCCCUUCUGGGUUUCUCAGGGAGCCAGGAAUGCCCUGAACUGAGAUUUGCCUACACGGUAGCUACAAUCCUGCUGACCGUGAUCGUGAGGAAACUCCACUUGCAUGCUGUAGAAGGUCAAGUCGUGGAUACCAAAUAUGAGCUGGUCACCUCGCCGAAGGAGGAGGCCUGGAUAACCAUAUCCAAGAGAAACUGAGGCGAGCCGUGGAGUUGUAUUUCAAGAGAAGAAUCCUAUUGGUGAACAUCUGCCGUCUUCCGUUAUCUCACUGUAAUAAUUUUUAGCCAUUCUUGGCCUAAAAGACUUCCCCUCUACUUUAAUGGAAAUGGCCUAAGCUAGGGCUGCCGUAUGUCCAGAAUUUCCCAGACAUAACCGGAAUAUGGCAGUUGGAAGCAGCGUCUGGGCAGCAAUCGCUGAAAUGUCGGGGGAAAUCC